AUGGCGGAAAACGGCAACGGCGAAAAGGUCAACACCAACAUUGUCACCCUCACCCGCUUCCUCAAUGAGGAGCAGGUCAAGCACAAGGAGGCCAGCGGUGACUUCACGUGCGUCCCUUCCCCCCGAUCCCAAUUGACGGCCCAAUUCCUGCUGUGCCAUGCGCUCCAGUUCUCCUUCAAGUCCAUCGCCUACUACAUCCGGCGCGCGACGCUCGUCAACCUGACGGGCCUGGCCGGCUCCUCCAACAGCACGGGCGACGACCAGAAGAAGCUCGACGUCAUCUCCAACGACCUCUUCAUCGAGGCCAUGCGCUCGUCGGGCAAGUGCGCGCUGCUCGUCUCCGAGGAGGAGGACGAGAUCAUCUACUUCAAGAACGCCGAGGGCGCGCGCUAUGCCGUCGCCUGCGACCCCAUCGACGGCUCGUCCAACCUCGACGCCGGCGUGUCCGUCGGCACCAUCUUCGCCGUCCACAAGCUGCCCGAGGGCUCCACGGGCACCAAGGAGGACAUCCUCAAGCCCGGCACGGAGCUCGUCGCCGCCGGCUUCACCAUGUACGGCGCCUCGGCCCAGCUUGUCCUCACCAUGAAGGACAGCUCCGUCAACGGCUUCACCCUCGACAACGGCAUCGGCGAGUUCAUCCUCACCCACCCCAACAUGCGCAUCCCCCGCGCCCGCGCCAUCUACUCGGUCAACGAGGGCAACUCGCUCUACUGGCAGAAGCCCACCGUCGACUACUUCAACUCCCUCAAGACGGCCCAGGCCGACGGCAAGCCCUACAGCUCCCGCUACAUCGGCAGCAUGGUCGCCGACGCCUACCGCACCCUGCUCUACGGCGGCAUCUUUGCCUACCCGGCCGACAAGAAGAGCCCCAAGGGCAAGCUGCGCAUCCUGUACGAGUGCGCGCCCAUGGCCCUGGUCUUUGAGAACGGUGACCGGCGGCCAGGCCCUCGACAGCAACAUGAAGCGCAUGCUCGAGGUCGCCCCCGAGCACAUCCACGACCGCGCCGGCAUCUACAUGGGCAGCUGGGACGAGAUCGAAAAGGUCAAGCAGUUCCACAAGUAGAACUGUAA